AUGUGGGCGCAACAGCUUAGUCUCCAGAAGCAGACAACAAAAAUUAGUCCCGCUGAUAAAGAUGCCCAAGCCCUUAUCACGGCUAAUGUGUUCAUUGAAGGUAAUCGGAUGCGUGUGCUCAAGUCUAUGGAGCAAUACCAAGCUGUUGCUGAUAGUGCGUAUUGGAACUACGGUUAUAUGGGUGGCUCCAUGGUAACAACGAUGGCCAUCUGUCUUUCGCUGAGCGGGCGCUUGCCACUGCUCCAGCGCUAUGCGAGUUGGAUUUCGCUGGCAGGAGGCUAUUUUGGUGGUAAAGCAGCGCUCGGUAUUCACAACGCUCGUAACUUAAGUCACGUUGUGAAUACCAUUGACAGUGCCAUUGUGGAAACGCGGAAGAUGGACGAGCAAUACAACUUUAAAAUCCCCGACUAUGCGCGCGAGGUGGAGGCGCUCCAGCGCAGGAAGUUUGAGCUUCUUCCAACCUCGGCAGAGGCGAUUGAGGCACGAAAGAAUGAUCUAAAUAAUAUGCCACUGGAUGAAAAGGUGGAUGCGCUCGUGGAAGCCUACGAAAAACGCCGGCAAGCCGUCGGGAAGGAAUAA